CCGGAUAUAGGCUCGGUCUGCCGGAUGUUGUUGUGGGUCCGAGAGACACGUGAGGCUCUGCUACGUCAUCACAGGCACGCGCUGGAAACAUGGCGGCGGCGGGUGUUGUGAGCGGGAAGAUUAUAUAUGAGCAGGAAGGUGUCUAUAUUCAUUCAUCUUGUGGGAAGACUCAAGACCAAGACAGCUUGAUUGCAGGAAUAUUGCUUGUUUUAGAAAAGGAUGGUGAAAUAAUUGUGGACUGGAGACCUUUGGAUGAUGCCUUAGAUUCUUCUAGUAUUCUUUAUGCGAAAAAGGACUCCAGUUCAGUUGUAGAAUGGACCCAGGCCCCCAAAGAAAGAGCUCAUCGAGGAUCGGAACAUCAGAACAGUUAUGAAGCAGAGUGGGACAUGGUGAAUGCAGUUUCAUUUAAAAAGAAGCCACAUAUCAAUGGAGAUGCUCCAAGUCAUAGAAAUGGGAAAAGCAAAUGGUCAUUCCUGUUCAGUUUGACAGACCUGAAAUCAAUCAAGCAAAACAAAGAGGGUAUGGGCUGGUCGUAUUUGGUAUUCUGUCUAAAGGAUGACGUCGUUCUCCCUGCUCUACACUUUCAUCAAGGAGAUAGCAAACUACUGAUUGAAUCUCUUGCAAAAUAUGUGGUAUUGUGUGAAUCUCCACAGGAUAAAAGAAUACUUCUUGUGAAUUGUCAGAAUAAGAGUCUUUCACAAUCUUUUGAAAAUCUUCUUGAUGAACCAGCAUAUGGUUUAAUACAAAAAAUUAAAAAGGAUCCUUAUACAGCAACAAUGGUAGGAUUUUCCAAAGUCACAAACUACAUUUUUGAUAGUUUGAGAGGCAAUGAUCCUUCCACACAUCACCGGCCACCUUCAGAAAUGGCAGAUUUUCUUAGUGAUGCUAUUCCAGGUUUAAAGAUAAACCAACAAGAAGAACCAGGAUUUGAAGUCAUCACAAGAAUUGACUUGGGAGAACGACCUGUUGUACAAAGGAGGGAACCAGUAUCCCUGGAAGAAUGGACUAAGAACAUUGAUUCAGAAGGAAGAAUUUUAAACGUAGAGAGUAUGAAACAGAUGAUAUUUAGAGGGGGACUUAGUCAUUCAUUGAGAAAGCAAGCAUGGAAAUUUCUUCUGGGUUAUUUUCCUUGGGACAGCACCAAGGAAGAAAGAACUCAAUUACAAAAGCAAAAAACUGAUGAAUACUUCAGGAUGAAACUGCAGUGGAAAUCUGUCAGUGAGGAGCAAGAGAAGAGAAAUUCGAGGUUAAGGGAUUAUAGAAGUCUUAUCGAAAAAGACGUUAACAGAACAGAUCGAACAAACAAAUUUUAUGAAGGCCAAGAUAAUCCAGGGUUGAUUUUGCUUCAUGACAUUCUGAUGACCUAUUGUAUGUAUGAUUUUGAUUUAGGAUAUGUGCAAGGAAUGAGUGACUUACUUUCCCCUCUUUUAUAUGUGAUGGAAAAUGAAGUGGAUGCCUUUUGGUGCUUUGCCUCCUACAUGGACCAAAUGCAUCAGAAUUUUGAAGAACAAAUGCAAGGCAUGAAAACCCAAUUAAUUCAGCUAAGUACUUUACUUCGAUUGCUGGACAGUGGAUUUUGCAGUUAUUUAGAAUCUCAGGACUCCGGAUACCUUUACUUUUGCUUCAGAUGGCUCUUAAUAAGAUUUAAAAGGGAAUUUAGUUUUCUAGAUAUUCUUCGAUUAUGGGAGGUAAUGUGGACUGAACUGCCAUGUAAAAACUUUCAUCUUCUUAUUUGUUGUGCUAUUCUGGAAUCAGAAAAGCAGCAAAUAAUGGAAAAGCAUUAUGGCUUUAACGAAAUACUUAAGCAUAUCAAUGAAUUGUCCAUGAAAAUUGAUGUGGAAGAUGUGCUGUGCAAAGCUGAGGCAAUUUCUCUACAGAUGGUAAAAUGCAAGGAAUUGCCACAAGCAGUUUGUGAGAUCCUUGGACUUCAGGACAGUGAAGUUACAACACCAGAUUCAGACACUGGUGAAGAUGAGAAUGUUGGCAUGACCAGUUGUCCUACGUCUGCAUUUCAGAGUAACUCAUUGCCUGUACAUGCAGCCAGUGGAGUCAGGGAUGACAACCCAACACAGUCACCAGUGUCCCCAAGUGUCAGCAGAUUAACACCUGCAUGAUCAUUCUUGCUUAAUUUUUUAAGAGACAUUUUGUUGCAACUCUUUCAAAAUUUUGAAAGGUGGAAAUUUAAAAUCUUGGUAUUGAUUAUGCUUUAAAGUUUGUGGAAAGAAAGUGUACUGAUAUUCUUGCAUUAAAGCUUUACAAAGAUUUAAACUAAUUAUUUUUGUAGUUACUUCUACCAAAUAGCCUUUCCUUUUCAAUAACAUUCCUUAGUAUUUUUAUAGCCAAGUACAUUUUAUUUUCUUGCUAAUGAACUGGAAUUGGAUAAAAAAAUACUACAAGUGGAUGAGUUGGAAAUUACGCACUUUGAAAAACAUUCACUUUGUUUACUAUUAGUUUAGUGGGGUUUGGAUUUGGUUAAAUUAAAUAUUGAAUCUUUCUAUAUAGCAGUCUAAACUGAGAACUAGAUUGUUACCCAGUGAUGAUUUUAAAAAAUAUGUUUUUCUCUGCUGUUUACAAUACUUAGCUUAAAUAUUUAUGCUGGUUGAAUGUGAUUUAAAUUGGACAUUUUACAUCAAUGCAAUUUAAUGUGUAGAUAAAGACCUCUUUCAACCAUAGUAAGUGGAUUGGCAGUAUAUUUUUUACCUUGAACUUUUCAAUUGUAUAUAAAGACUAAGUGCUUAUUUAUGAGUAAGAAAGGAUAGGCAUAUUUUCUUUAACUGAAUAAACUUGAGUAUUGAUUUAUAUAAUCUGAUUUGAUGAAAUUAAUACAUAGCUUCAACAGGAGAUCUUUUUCAGAACUAUUUUCUUAAUGAAGUGUUUAUUUCAUGAGACUACAUUCAACCCUGUACCUGGUGUAAUUUUAAAAUUAAUUGCUUGUAACCUCACUUUACUAAUAAUGUUUAUUAUCUUUCCUAAUACUGCAUUAACUGAUUAAUCAGGUCUUUACAUUAAAAAAUUACUCUUUACAAAAAGCUUAUGUCAGAAAUAUCAAGAUAACUGUCAUGAGUCUUAAAUGAUAUCUUUUUGUAUAUGAACAAAACUGUUGUUUUUACCAUGCAGUGUUGCAUGAUUUUAAGUUAUGUAGAACUAACAUAACUGAUUCCGUUUUAAUUGUAAUUUGUUAACUCCUGUACAUAUCAUUAAAAUAAAUUUGAAGUCAAAUUAGUGUUUUCAGUUAAAAUAUCCAUGAUGGACCUAAGAACAUCUCAUAUUUUUAUAUGAUUCAGUCAUUUGAAUGCGCUGUUGAAAUAAAAAAGAAAUAUGUCCCCCUUGUAACUGAAAACAUUUUUACCAGUAUGAAAUUGGGAACAGUGCUGCCUUUAGAGAAUAUAGUUAUUUGACUCAGUAAAGCAGCUUCCUGCAACUAGUGGUAAUAAAGUAAAAUAAGUUACGUAGGUCUGAAGUGGAUUUUUCUCUGUAAACCAGGGAACCAAAUGAACUUUUUUCUUAACUGACAAUCAUGCCAGUAGAACCAUUAGAUUUUAGCUUUUAAUAUUGGGUGUUAUCUUUCAUCAGUUAAUAAUGAGUCAGCCUAUUCAGGAAAAAAAAGUGAAAUGAUCAAAAACUCAGCAUCUCCAGCCUUUCAUUUCCUGCUGUUCAGGAAAUUGCUUAGAACAUCUUGAUGUCCUUGUUCUUCAGGACUGUGGCAUUUGGGGAGUUAUUUUCCUAUACAUAAUGUAAUAUUUACUGCAAAGUUUUAAAAAAUCUUAGUACAUUCAUUAAGUUUAAAGUAUUUGAUAACUUUAGAGUACAUUUUGUCAAAUGUUAACUCUCAAACUCCCCCUGACCCCUGAAAUAUCUAUCUAGAGCACAUGUGGGCUUGAACCUAGAUCCUCAUACAGGUAGAGUAAAUGCUCUAUAGGUGAGCUAUGUCCCUAGCCCUCUAGUACAUUUUCCUUUUAUGUGAAAGUGAUAAUGCAGUGCUAGAUUCUUAAUCAGAUUCCAGUAAAUCUAGUUUAGCAACAUGAGCUGUUGAGAUUACUUUAUUGAGCUAUUGAGUUCAGGUAAAUUUUACUUUAAUAAUUUUUUAUUUACCACUGGUUUACUAGUCUUGGAUUUUAUAAGACUUAGAUUUUAUAAGCUGCUCUAGCCACAUGCUGCUAACUUGUACAAAUAUUCUAUUCUAUAUUAUAUGACACUUAACUGAGUUGAAAUGAUUUAACUGUAAGUGUUUUCAGUUCUGAUAUAAAAUUGCAUUUAUGAGCAUCCCUACUUUGAUAUUUUCAUGCGUCUAGAAUUCAUCUUUGUUAGAAACUUUAGUUUUGUUGACGACUAUAAAGAACUAAAGCACUAAAGUCGAGGGCAGGGCUCUCCGGGCAGCUCUGUCUCACAGCCCGAGUUCAGUGCUCUGGAACCGCUGUGUGUGGCUGUUGGUCAAGGGCAGGCGACAGAAGGAAGAAGGCCAAACUGGUUGCUCGAUCAGUUUAUUUCGUUCUCUCUCUCUGCUUCUUUCCCGGUUCUGGAUCUCUCUGGAACUUCUUCUAUCUCCUUCUUCUCUCUCCCCUGUGUUCUUCUGUCUUCUUCUCUGCCCCACAGUCUCAGUUUAUAUAGCAAAUUACAUAGGACAGUAGCACAAAGGUGGGUUUAACAUCAACAAAUCAAUGAAGAAGGGUAAGACCAUUUCUUGAGGAGAUUAACAAAAUCUUAUCUAAGGAAAUCUCAUCUAAGGAGAUCUGUUCAAGGGUGUGAUUCCAAACAAGGGUGUGUCUGGGUGUGAGCUAGUAAUCUGCUUAAAUAGUUAUAGUAAAUCUACUUUCUAAUAUUUCUAGCAAUGUCAUUCUGUAUGAGCACAGUAAGAGAUAUAAAGUUUGGUUCUUCCUGAGAACAUCUCACAAUACAUUCCAGACCACAGUCCUCAGGCCAGGUUAAUCUUCCUAACCCCAGCAGGGUCCUAGUCUCAUCGUUACCUUUGGAUCAUGACAGCAUUGCUUAUGAUCAUGUCCUCAACUUAUAGUUGAGUAUUGUGGCACUUUGGCCUAGCCCAUUUCGAUGCCAGGGUAGCUCACAGCUUGCCCUGGGUCUAUUCCGUCCCUUGUCGGGACCCUGCUCUUAGGGUGCUAGGAACUAAGGGCAACUGAGUUGAGAAAGCAGAUGCUCAGGAGUAAAUAUUAUUGCAGUCAAUCAACUCCCAAGUUACAAGCACAAUAUUGUCUUCCUGUAUCCAUACAGAAAGGACAUUGCUUUAAGGUAAACUAUGUUCCCUAAGGCAAGGCUAAAAGGACAAACUCCAUGUUAUCCUACAGACGACUAAAGGUUUUUUUGAGUAAGACAGCUAGCCUUUAGGGAUAGACAGUGAUUCUUGCUGUAUUUGGUGUUUCUAAGGGCUUUAAUGCUCCUAACUACAUUUUUAUGGGUUUUUUGUUGUUGUUGUUUUUAUUUUUUGAUUUUAAAUUUUGGGUCAUAUCCAGAGGUACUCAAGGAUCACUCCUUCUGGUGUUUGAGAUAUGUGAUGCUAGGAUACAAGUCUGGGCCUCCGACAUGAAAACCCUGUGCUACACAACUCACUGAGCUAUCUCUUAUGUUCCAAAUUAUUUUGUUUUAGGGCCAACUCAGCAGCAUUCAGGCUGUUCCCAACUCAGUACUCAGAAGUUGCACCUAGUGGCACUCAGGACCAUGUGGCGCCAUGAGUAGAACCCAGGUCUCUUGCAUGCUAAGCAUGUGCUCCAGUCUGUUAUCUCUCCAGCCCCGAUGCCAGCCAAUUCUGAGGGGAAAUUUAUAUUUCUACUCACAAUGGAGAUGUUGCUGGUGCCUGCUCCAGCAAAUCAAUGAACAGUGGGAUGACAGUGCUACUAUUACAGGCUACCCGUGGCAUGUUCAAUAUGCCAAAAACAGUAACAAGUCUCACAGUGGAGAUGUUACUUGUGCCUGCUCUAGCAAAUCAAUGAACAGCGGGACAACAGUGCUACUAUUAUAGGUCGUAUAAAGUAAUGUUAAAUAUUUAUUGAAGAACCUAUAUACUUUGCUUGUGUGUAACUAUAACAAGGUAUUGCCAUUCUAGUUAUUUUGUUAUUUUGUUUGUUGGUUGGUUUUGGGGCCACACCUGGCAGUGUUCUUAAGUUACUUCUGGCACUGUGCCAGUCCUGGAUUGCUUUGUGGGGGACCAUGUGGUGGGGCACGAACCUGGGACUCUCAUGUGCCAAGUGUAUGCUCAAGCCCUUUAAUCCAUCUCCCUAGCAACUAGUUUGAAUUUUUUUAUUUUUUUGCUUUUUGGGUCACACCCCGAGAUGCACAGGGGUUACUCCUGGCUCAACACUCAGGAAUUACCCCUGGCGGUGCUCAGGUAUGGGAUGCUGGGAAUAGAUCCUAGGUCAGCUGCAUGCAAGGCAAAUACCCUACCUGCUGUGCUGUCUCUCCAGCCCUCAAGUGUUUUUUUUUUUUCCUUAAAGGUAUGUAUAUCUUGUCUUAAUUUUUCUUUUUUUAAAUGGUGCCUGGGAUCAAGAUUUCUUAGAUUUCUUAAUGGAGUUUUCGGGAGAUUUAUGAACCUCUUAGUGUAUUUGAUGUCUGGAGUACAUAUGUGCAUAUUUGUGGGAAGAGGUCAUGGAAUAUCUUAAAAGCUAUUCUAAUUUUCUCUUAUUUGAAACUUGCUAUAAGUUAGUGUGAAUAUAUAAUUUAUAUAUAUACAUAUAUAUAUAUAUACACACACAUUCUCAUUAUUUUAUGUGUUAAAGCUCUGUGAAAGAAUCUUCUGAGAGACUCACAAGCAUUCAGCGUAACAGAAUCAAUCUGGACUAAGGUCAGGGGCCUCACUGCUGCUCCAAAAUGCUCAUUUCUCUCCACAAAGGGCGAAACUCAAGCUGUAUUCUUUUUCACUUACCAAAUGUAAAGAAGCUGGAUCUCAGAUUAAAUUCUGCUGAAUUUCUCAAUUUAAAUUCAACUUUUGGGGACAGAUGCUUAUUUUCUUAGUUUACAGAGCUUUUAAGGAUUCUACAUAAAGGAUAAUGGGAUUCUUAAGGAAGUAAAAACAAGCCUCACUAGAUCUGAACAUUUCAUUAAUUAUCUGUUUCCAAAACUAGUUUUUAAACUUUCUUUUUAACAUGACCUGCUCAUGUUUAACUAGACUGAGGGAGAAAUAAUCCCUUUAGUUAACAUUCCAUACUUAGGAAGGAUGGCAAAUGAAGCACUACAAAAGCUUCAAAUUGGGUGAGUUAAUGUUGGCAGAGGGGGCUGGAGCCAUAGCACAAUGGUUGGGCGUUCGCCUUUCACGCGGCCGACCCGAGUUCGAUUCCUCCGCCUCUCGGAGAGCCCGGCAAGCUAACGAGAGUACUGAGCCCGAGCGGUGGAGCCUGGCAAGCUACCCGUGCCUAUUGGAUAUGCCAAAAACAGUAACUAUAAGUCUCACGUUGAGAGAUGUUACUGGUGCCUGCUCGAGCAAAUCGAUGAGCAAUGGGAUGACAGUGACAGUGAAUCUUGGCAGAGAGUUUUUACUUCUCUUUGUUUUUAAAAAAAAAUUAUGGGGGACAUAGUAAGGCCACGUUUGCCUAUAUUCAUGGCUUAUUCCUGGCUCUGCCUAGGUGUCACUCUGGGUGGUGCUUUGAAAGCUGGGUCAGGACUGUCACCCGUGAGUGCCGUAACUCUUGUGCUUAUCUCUCUGGCCUCACUGUAACUUCUUUUGGGGAAGAAAUUUAAGGAAUAAUGUGCAGCAGCUCAGUCAGUGGGCUGUUUCUGUGUUUGAAUUCUCACUCGGUAAAUCCUUUUUCCCUAAUUGUUCUCUGAGGAUCAAUGUUUCUCCCUUUCAUUAUAGCCACCCAGGACUUGGCUCCAAGGGCCGGGGCUCAUGCAGCAUUGCAUACUAGUGUGCAGGUUUCACCCCCAGCACUGUAGCCCCUGGAGGAAACAAAAGAUGAAAACCGCUCAUAGAAGAUUCUUUACCACAACACUUCUGUUUCAUUUGGUCAAUCAAUUUUGAUUUUUCAGUGCCCUUCAGUGGGAUUGAAGAGUGUGUUUAUCCUCUGAGGUCUCAACUAAGGAUUGAAUUUGAUAGUUUGACAGUGUGAAGAAUCUGGGGGUGGCUGGGUGUGUCUCUCUUUACUCGUUUUUUGAAUUUCCCUUGUUUUUCUUGUGAACCCUCACAUUGACAUGUUCUUGAAUUAAAAAAUAUAAAUGAUUUGAAUUGCAUAUUCUGGUUUCAUUUGAGUGACUGCAAAGUAAAUUUACCCCAAAUAAAUCACUAUCCUCUUUG